AUAUAUAUCGAGGUCCUGCAGCGCAAUCCAGCAAAGAGCGGGAGAGAAAUCGGCUGCUGGGACGAGCUGACUUGCCAACGGCGAGUGUCGAGGGCACAACAAUGGCUUCGAUGACCCAGAGAUUGAAGCCAUCUUGGAGAAAUCAUCCAAUAUCCAGCCAUUUACUUAUUUUCCACCUGGUCAUGGCUUCCACUCUGUUGCCUUCGUUGACAUCGGCGAUACCAUCGUUUUCCUCCACCAUGCACAACAACAACUGGGCCGUCUUGGUCUGCACCUCGCGAUUCUGGUUUAAUUAUCGACAUAUGGCCAAUACUCUGUCUUUAUACAGGACAGUAAAGAGACUAGGAAUACCUGAUGAACGGAUAAUACUAAUGUUGGCAGAUGACAUGGCUUGCAAUUCUAGAAACACUUACCCUGCCCAAGUUUUUAACAAUGAGAACCAUCAAUUAAACUUAUAUGGGGAUAAUGUGGAGGUUGACUAUCGAGGUUAUGAAGUGACAGUUGAGAAUCUUUUGCGAGUAUUAACCGGGAGGCAUGAGAGUGCCGUUCCAAGAUCAAAGCGUCUUUUAAGUGACGAAGGAAGCCACAUACUUUUAUACAUGACUGGCCACGGAGGAGAUGAAUUUUUAAAAUUUCAAGAUUCUGAAGAACUUCAAAGUCAUGAUUUAGCCGACGCAGUCAAGCAGAUGAAAGAGAAGCAUAGGUUCAAGGAAUUGCUCAUAAUGGUUGACACUUGCCAAGCAGCAACUCUUUUCUCUCAGCUUCAUUCACCGGGUGUUUUGGCCAUAGGGAGCAGUAAGAAAGGAGAAAACUCAUAUUCCCAUCAUCUUGAUUCUGACAUUGGUGUCUCCGUGGUGGAUAGAUUUACUUUCUACACGCUCGCUUUUUUCGAGAAACUCAACAUGUAUAGCAAUGCCUCAUUGGGCAGUCUUUUUCACUCAUAUAAUCCGAACUUGUUGAUGUCAACUGCAUUUUAUCGGAUGGAUCUCUAUCAAAGACCACUAGAUGAGGUGCCAGUUACUAAUUUUUUCGGAUCAGUCAUGAAAACAAUUCACACAGACUCCCCAUUCAGAGUAAUCUCUUCCCAACCUAAAGUCAAGGAAUCCAUAUUUCUGGGUGAUGAUAAAGUUAAAGAAAUUGACAAAAGAAAUAUAAAGGAGAAAAGGUGUAGUUUCCAUCUCUGGAUGGAGUUUCUGCAGAAGAAGUUGGUAGAGAAGGAUGAUUCUGAUAUAAUAGUAAUGUAUGGUUUUGGUUCCAUGAUUCUAUUGCUUAUUGUCUCCACCUGGUUAUCAGCAUGAAAAUUUUGAAUAUUGUUACCACUUUUAACCCUGAAUACACAACUGAUUAUUUUCAGUUUUCUAUUAAGAAAUAUUUGUUGUUAACCUUAAAAUGGCCCCUUAUUGUAAUAUUUGACAAAAAUUUCUGCCGAAAUUUGCAUAUGGUGAUUAAUGCUUCCCUUGAUUUUCUCUACA